AUGACUUCAAAAUGGGCUCAGAAGAAAGUUGAUAUGGGCGAUUCUGGUAUACCAUAUGAGUAUCAAGAGCGCAUGAUAUCAUAUCUUCGGAUAUGCAUCGAGAUCCUCGUCGAUAAGGGCUACAUGAAGUCUCCGAGUCCAGAUGACUUCACGAUAGCUUCAAGGAAAUACGACGCCAGUGACUUCCACAUCCUCAAUCUCAAUCAGUUUUUGGCACAUGAUGCAAUAUCCGCGGAUAUCAUCGAGAUUCCCUUGAUUGCGGAGUGUACGGGUGUCUAUCAUCGCUAUUCUUCUGAGGAUAUCCCGACUGUUCAAAAUUCAUCUUCUCCAGUCGUCGAAUUGUUUUCACUUUGA